CGUCAAUAAGAAAUCCGAUCGCCUUGUUGGCUGGUUGUAGGGUUGGCUAUUCUGCUGAGCUGCUGAGGCAAGCACUGUUCCCGUCGAAGAUCAGAGACUGGCGCGCAGUCUAAAGGCUCCUUCUUUAGGAUCUCUGUAAUGUCCGGGAGAAAUCGUAUGUCUCGCCAUGCUGAUGGUUAUCGAGGUUACCAUGAUGAUCCUCGACCUCUCAUGAACCGAGGACUGGGACACUUGAGUGUACACCCUGCAGCUUUGGAAGAAGAAUUUGCAAUGAAACACAGAGAAAUGCAGCGAAUCAUUGCUGAGAACCGGCUUGUAAUUGAUGAUAAUACCCUUCUUCAAAGGGAAUUGACAGAUGCGAAAGAUGAGAUUCAUAGAUUGGGGCAGGUCUUACCUAAACUCCGGGCUGAGAAAGAGGCACAGUCUAGGGAGCUAAUUGAGAGAGGAUUGAAGCUAGAAGCUGAUCUCCGUGCUACUGAGCCUAUAAAGGCAGAGGUUAUCCCGUUAAGAGCUGAAGUUCAGAAAUUAAGUGCUUUGCGGCAAGAGUUGUCUUCCCAAGUCCAAGGUCUGACACAGGAGAUAACUCGAUUGCAAGCUGAGAAUCAGCAGCUAAUUCCCAUGAGGGCUGAUAUUGAUGGGAUGCGAAACGAGCUUGUUGAGACCAGGAGAGCUUAUGAAUAUGAGAGGAAAGCCAGUGAAGAACAAGUGGAACAAAAGCAAGCAAUGGAAAAUAACCUUGUUUCCAUGGCUCGUGAAAUAGAGAAGCUAAGAGCAGAGCAGCUAAAUGCAGGCAGGAGGGCACGAGAACGAGGUGGUGGGGGUUAUGGAAUGAUGAAUGGAAGUCCUGAUAUGAGAUAUUCACGUGGUUCAUAUGGCAAUGGCUACAGCAGUGGUUGGGGACCUUAUGAUAAGCGUGGUUCACGGCGUUAAUUAUCAUCAAAUAUUGAAUGGUCGGGGAACUGGUUUGCAUAUCUCGGUUCUAGUCCUGCUUAUAGAGUAAAAAGAACUCUUAAGGUCACAGAAAUGAAUCAAUGUUAAACCUUGUAAAUUUUUUUUAACUUUGAUCAAUUAUAUUGUGCCUAAGUGAUGAGGCUUUGAGCAACAUGUUCCAUAAUUUAUCCGCAAAUUGAUUUUUUUUC